AUGACAAUGGUCAGAGGGAAGCCAUUGAGAAAUGUUGGUAAGUAUUCACAGACACACACGCCUUACAAGAAGAACCGUAAUGGGCCCACACCUUCUAGGACCAUCAUGACCCGCAGCCAGUGCGCCACUAGCUGCACCAGCUUCUUCAGCAGGAUCCCUGCAGAGGUGUUUGACAUGAUCCUAGACAAACUGUCUGUGCUGGAGAUCAGUGUGUUCAGCAUGGUAUCAAAGGAAGUUACUAGAUAUAUUGCAGACUACAUCUCCACUGUGGCCUGGAAGAAUAAAAUGAUCCUCCAAAGCUUUCACCACUCCAGCCCCAUUGAACAGAAAUCCACCAUUGGACACUACAGAGACCUCGGUGUGUUGUUCAAGAGGUGUACCCUGUUGCUACCCACAAAGGACAGGUUAAAGUUUAUCUUUAGCAAGAUUUCACAGAUUCCCUGCUUCCUGUUGGAGAAAUGUGUAGCACCAGACUGCUUUGCUUUCUCCAGCUUUGGAGUCUUCCUCCAGACUCUGAUUGCAGGGUGGGAUGAGCUGGAGUGCCAUAGAGUAUUCAACUUCCUCUGUGAUCUCACAAACCUGCAGCAAAAAACUGAAGGAGUCAUCACUGCAAAACCAGGUGUGAAGUGGUAUCAGGAGCUGCAGCUGCGGCUAUUUUGCCGUCAGGUUCUUUUGGACCCGUGGCCGAACCAGCCGGAGUGUCAUUUCUGGCUGAUGCAACUCCUGAAGCCUUGGCCCUUGGUCAGCCAGGCCCACUUACUGUUCAUCCUCUAUGGUCCUCUGCUGCCUGAGGGUACACUCGGGUGGCAGGAUCUGGUGGAGAGGAGGCUUCCUCACACCGCUCUGUGGCACUUAGCCAAGGCCAUCCUCUUGCUCUUUGGCAACCUACAAGUCAAAGGCUGGAGCACUGACUCGAUGAUCACAAUCAUGGAGGAGCUCAUUGUCAUUCCUCAUCCGUGGCAUGUAGAGAAUGUAGCUCGUCUUUUGGUGCUUUGUGGCAGCAAUCUCUGCUACACUGUUCUGGCCAGCAAGGCUCUCAAUGGACGACUCCUUGAGAUCUCAAGAAUCAUCGUCUACAUCAUACUGGUGUGUGAAAAGGAUGGCUAUCACAUGAGUUGGGCGGUGAAGCUGGUGCAGGAGAUCUGCAAGGUCUUCAAUACGCCCCCAGAAAAGUUCUGCUUCAUCCAGCAACUAGAAAACACAUUUUCAGAAGUCGCCCGGGAAUUCUUUGAGCAUUCUGUAGCAGGGAACCACUUUGAUGACAGAGAGACUUUCCAGACCCUGUGUAUCCUUCUGGACUCCUGUGCUCACUUCCACACUAAAUUUCUUCACAUGUUCCUCAGAUAGGAAUCAUGCAUAUUAAAAGUGACAAGAUGCAGAGGAGCGAGGGAAGA